AUAACGACAUAGCAGCAGCUGCUUGUUACGAAAAUUGGGCUCGGCUGUAUUGGUGGUGGUUCUGUAUACUUUUCUUUCUGGUCUGGUCUUUGGUCUUGCCCUCUUGGCCCAAAGUAGAGAUAGAAAUUCUUGAUGGUGGUUAAGCUCAUAUAAAUUAUUAUUUAAUAUAUUUAUUACAUUAGUUGAAAACUAAGACUUGAUUGUAAAAUGGCUGUUGCUGCUAGAGCACUCUCUAAAUUGACAGUAAGAAGAUCAAGCAGUCUCUUGGCUUCACAAGUGAGAUUCAAUUAUACAGAAACGAGAAAAAAUUUGAAAAUUGAUUCUAAUACUAAAGUAAUAUGCCAAGGGUUUACUGGUAAACAAGGAACAUUUCAUUGUCAACAAGCCAUAGAUUAUGGAACUAAAGUUGUUGGUGGUGUUAGCCCAAAAAAAGCUGGUACUGAACAUUUGGGUAAGCCAGUAUUCAAGACAGUUAAGGAGGCAAAAGAAGCUACUGGAGCCACAGCUUCUGUAAUUUAUGUUCCACCUCCAGCAGCUGCUGCUGCAAUUAUGGAAGCACUUGAUGCUGAGAUGCCCUUAAUUGUAUGUAUUACUGAAGGUAUUCCUCAACACGAUAUGGUUAAAGUUAAACGGCGGUUAUUAGAACAAAAUAAAUCACGUUUGAUUGGGCCAAAUUGUCCUGGAAUCAUUGCACCAGAACAAUGUAAAAUUGGAAUCAUGCCGGGCCAUAUUCAUCAAAAAGGAAAAAUCGGUAUUGUUUCAAGAUCAGGAACUUUAACUUACGAAGCUGUGAAUCAAACGACACUUACUGGUCUCGGGCAAUCACUUUGCGUUGGUAUUGGAGGUGAUCCAUUCAACGGCACUGACUUUAUUGACUGCUUGGAAGUAUUCAUCAAUGAUCCGGCUACUUCUGGAAUUAUCAUGAUCGGAGAAAUUGGAGGCAGUGCUGAAGAAUCAGCUGCUGAAUAUCUUAUUCAGCAUAACAGUGGCCCAAAUGCUAAACCUGUGGUAUCGUUUAUUGCCGGAGUUACCGCACCACCUGGACGUAGAAUGGGUCACGCUGGAGCUAUUAUUUCAGGAGGCAAAGGAGGGGCUCAAGACAAAAUAAACGCACUUGAAAAGGCUGGCGUUAUUGUAACGAGAAGUCCCGCUCAAAUGGGUCGUGAAUUAUUAAAAGAAAUGACACGUCUUGGUCUUCACUCACCCUAAUGAAUCAAUACUUAUUUGUAUAAUAUUGUAGUCCUAUUUGUCCUAAUAUCCUUUAAAUUAAUUAAUUAAUAACUCAUUCUCUUUAUCAUUCUGGAGAAAAAUAAAAAAAUAUAUUAUUGAUAAAAGGACGAAUGUUGACGCAAUUUUGAAGUUUAAAAUAAAUAGAUUCAAUAUGUAAAAAUA